AAACUCCGAAACGAGACCCAUAUUAUUUGUUGCACUUGGUGGGUGAGGAGGGGUGAGCGAGUGGUCAGCAGUGAUGUUGUUUUUGUCGUGAGACAUUUCCACAACAGGAUGACGUUCUACAUCAGCCCACCAAAAGGAAACAUGUCUUUACACAGACUACACAGCUCGUGUUGUCGGCGCCUGACUUUCCUGAAGGAAGUUUUCGCCCGUGGUCGGGAUUUGUCCAAACUGACCGAGUUGACGUUUCUGUGCAGCACAGUGGAGAGGUCGGACUGUCUAAUUGAGGGCUCCAGAAUAGAUCAGGCGUCUCACUUCACGCUUAGACUGGCCUGUUGUCAGGACACUGUCAUGUCGGAGUUCCUGGUGGAGGCGGAGACAACACUUUUCUGGUAUCGCUUCUCAUGUAUGGACAAAAAUCAACUACUGCACUUAUUUCACAAAAUUAGGAAGUACGAAAAAAGACUACAGGAUCAGCAAGGUGAAAUUGGAAAGUCCAGGAGAGAUCUGAAGACAGAAGAAAAAUUGCGAGAUCUUUUGAAAGUUGUGACAGGCCAGAGUGGAAACAGCUCCAGGUGGGAAAAUAUGAUACAGUCCUAUUUGCACUAUUUUCACUCACAAUGGAAACAUCUCCCUGACAUGAGUGCCAACCAGGAUGAGGUAACUCAGUAUGACCGGAGAACAGACCUUACCACUAUGGACUGUAGCAUGCACUGUCAUACGGGUUGUCAUGCUGCCAGUAGGAGUCAUACAGCUUCAGGAGACUUCAAGGUAAUAGCACAAAGAGACACUUGUUAUGCAACAUCAGAGGAAGAAAAGAUUUUCCUGAAGGUUCCCUUCCAGUAUACCCUGCAGCUGAUUACUGACAGAAGGGUGUGUCUACAUAAGGGCUUUGCCUAUGUACCUUCCAUCUACCUUCCAAAUGUUGUUGCCAAUAUUUUUGAAGAGUGCCUUAGACUUGGUAUUGAACUUGCACGCAAGGCAGUCCCCGUUUGUCUGAGCGACCCUCGGAUGCGGGAGAUGUUUGGUACGCUCCAGCUGCAGUUCUAUGAAGAUGGGUGCCGGGGUGGGGAGGGCGUGGGUGUGGUGUUUGAUACCAUCAGUCGGCACGAUGUUGACAGACUGGUGGACUUCUUCCCACCCUGCAUGGCUCAUCUGCACAGGACCCUGAGAUACAAGCACCGUCUCAAGCACUUCUCAAGGCUCCAGUACACACUGUUCCUGAAGGACCUGGGCCUGUCAGUACAUGAUGCAGUCUCCUUCUGGCAGCAGGAAUACAGCAUACCUGCCCACGGGGGUGGCUGUACACAUCACUGGGCAAAGGAUGGGAGGAGGUACAUGUAUACAUACAACAUCAGGCACUUGUAUGGUCUGGAGGGGUCCCGUGUUAGCUACAGGUCCCACUGUUGUCAGGGGAUCUUGGACAGAAGCCUUCAGCCGGGAGAGGAGGGAGGUUGUCCAUUCCAGCACUUUGACCAGACCCAUCUGCAGCAGCUGUUGGAUGCUGAAGGGGCGGAUGCUGAUGUACGCAGCAGGCUGGUAUCUAUGGUGAUGGAUCAGAAACCCCGGCAAGCUUGUCAAGCCUACCUUUUCCACAAGUUGCAGACGACAUAUUUCAAGACACUUGCAGGAGCGCUUACAUACCAUCAAGAACAAGGUACAAAGGACGCUGGGGUUGAGGUGUGUCUGGAGUGUGGUGGCGCAGGUUCUAGUCAGCAGCAACAGUGUGAUAUACACGCAGAUUGCACUGGCACACUUCAAACAGAUUCAAGUGUCACCACUGGAUGUACCACAUGUUCUGUUAGGAUCAGCAAACCCCUGGACUUCACUAGAGCACUUCUGAGGCUAUUGCAGGGGCUGAAGGAUCAAAGUUGAUGUGAGGUGGUGUAGAUGUGACAUUUAUUUAUUAGUUUUGCCCUCCAGUUGGAUGUUAUAUACAUGUAGAUGAAUAGUGCUGCUUCCACAGCCUGUUACAGCUAGCUCUGAUGUGAGAACACUUUACUGGUUCAUGUGCAAUAGCAAUUCAAUUUUAGUUCUAUACACUUGAAAGGAAUAUUAUGCACUUUUCCUAUGUGAGGAAGGGAAAUAAACAGUUUUAUGGCA